UGGUGAUAUUGUUGAUAAGGUCUGCUGUUCUCAGCUAAGGGCCAUGAUAUUGUCAUUAAUAUUAUAAUUAAACAUAUUAUUAAGAUGAGCUCUGUGGAGGACAGCCAUGGGACAAAACGACCCGCGUCACCAGGUGAAGAAGGUUCUACCAACUGGGAAGCUGCAGAUCUGGGAAGCAAUGAGAGGAAGCAGAAGUUUUUGCGGCUGAUGGGUGCUGGAAAGAAAGAGCCCACUGGACGCCUCAUCAUUGGAGAUCACAAAUCAACAUCUCACUUCCGCAGCGGGAAGGAAGAUAAGAAGAUGAACUGUGAGCUGGAGAUGCAGUACCAGCAAGGCAUGGAUGGGGUACUGUCAGGCCGCAACAGGAGACACUGUGGCCUGGGUUUUAGUGAGCCUGAAUCAUUUCCUUCACUGCCUGCAGAGAAUCAGGUAAAGGCAACUGAACCAGAGAAAACAGUCAAUACAGAAAGACCCACAGAAGCUCAGGACAAAGCUUCAGGCUCCAGCCCACAAAGCCAGGGCUCAGAGGAAGCCCAGUCCAGCACAGAUGACAAAAAGGAGGACAAAAAACACAACUACAAAAUGGCCUUUGUCAAGUCAACAUAAGACUUGGGGUGAGGGGGGUAGUCGUCAAGUUUUAUAACCUUGAAACUGAUUUGUACAUUUUGAUGUGUUCUUUUUUAUUGUUUAUUAGCAGUAUCUUCUCCUGUAGGUGAGUUCUUCUAAUUUUGCAGCAUAAAAAUGGCCUCUGCACUAAGAACACUCACUACAAGUAUCAAGUAGUUUAAUGGUCAGCUUGACUCUCUGAUGUUUAACUGUAUUGAGAACAUACCAGAAAGUUGAAUCCCCAACCACAGUUGCAAAACGACCAAAACCGGCGACCUGCAACUGUGCUUUUUAUAAGGUUGGGGAUACCUGUAGUCAGCUGAGACUGACUAAACUUGUGUUGACAUUAACUGAUUCAACUUUCUGGGAUUUUCUUAUGUACCUGCAUUACUGAGCAUGCAUCAAGACAUAUUGAGAAUAUAAGUCGUGUCAGACAUUUUGUAACGGGUAGUGUGUGUGCCAAGAAUUAUGCUGAUCAAGGAUUACCUGUCGAUCCGCAUGACUGAUAAAUGUGUGAAGUGUGUGACCUCUAGUUCAAAGACUAUUAAAUGGAAGUACCACACUUGUUUGCUGUGAUGAAUGUUGGAGCAUGAUGGACAGACUAGUGUCCAGUGAUAGAGAUAGAUAUACUCCAGCUCUCUACACAUUUUCCCACAAGAGUGGCUGUUUUGCUGUGUUAUUCACUUGUCUGUUUUGACAUCUACACUCUAUCGAAAUAGAACCUAGAAUAGUCUUGUGUUGAUUUUGAGACUUAAACGGCAAUCGAGUGCAUUCAGCACAAUGCCAAAGGGAAACUUCUUUUUUAAACUUUGCCCCAUUUUCCUAUUGUUGGGAGUCAAACCGAGUGGUGGGUAGCAGAAUCUUUUAAUGAAUUCACUGUUAAGCAAGCCUGCAUCUGCCGACUGCUGUGCACCGAGCUGCAAUGUUCAGGGCAAACGUGCUCCCAAAUAACGGCCGCUACAAAGCAAUUUUAUGGCACUAACAGGCUCAGAAUGCCGCAAGGGGAUUUGUAAAACACCUCCCAUUAUCAAAAGACAGUCCCAAUAUUGUCAGUCAGCGCAGUGAUGGACCUUUUUUGCAGUUGUCUCUUUCUCACUAUUGUCUUCCUGUAACAACUCACUUCUCGCAGGAUUAUAAAGUGAGACUUUUGCUAGAAAUGGGUUGAUAGCUAUAUAAUGCCAUUUUUGCUAUUUUGACUUAGGCUCUUAGGACUCAUCAUAAUGUUCAGAGCUUGUUAGUUCCAUAAAAGAGCUCUAUUAGUGGACAUUAUAUUCUAAGAUUUCAGAAUAUUUCAGCAGCAUCCCCACACCUAUAUUGCCAUCCACAUGUAAUGAGUUAAUGAGUUAAUUAACACUCACACCAGCAAACUUGUUGAAACCAUUGAUGCCGUAGCACUGGCAAAGUUUGAAAAAGUUAAAGCCAAACACCGACCCGCCUUGGAAAAAUUAGAAUGAUGUUCACCAUAAAUGAAACUGUAGAGAAGUUGAAAGGAAGUGGAGAAAGAGUAAGAUGCAGGUCCACUAUGACAUUUAUAGAUGGCAUCUUAAAACAUUCAACAAAAAUGAGAAAUUCUAGACAGACUCAUCUCACAUUUAAACACUGUAAAUCAGAAUAAACCUAGAAAUCUCUUUUCCACUAUUGACAAUCCCAAAUCCAGACCUUAGAACACAAUCUGACCUCAUCUCAACUUCUAAAUGUGAGGAGCUUGCUGCUUAUUUCAGAGACAACAACCAUCAGACAAAGUAUAAGAUAUGAUAUGUCUGCUGAUUCCUGUAUUGUGCACCAUCCUGUGCUACUGCCUGAAUUUACUUUGAAAACUUCUGUUAUUGUUGAUCGUGAAAUGCUCAGGGAUAAAGUAAUGCACCCUAAGCCGUCCGCUCACCCACUUGAUCCUAUUCUACUUUGUUUUUUAAAAGUAUAUUUGAUUGUUUGGCAGAAGACAUGUUAGCCAUAGUGAACAACUCAUUAUUUUUUACUGGUGUUUUCCUGUCUGCAUUGAAAACAAUAAUACAAAUUCUGUAUAUGAACAGUUUAAAUUGGGUUCAAUCAAGUUUCCGGGCCUACCAUAGCACCAUGAUGGUCCUUGUUAAAGUUGUAAAUGAUCUGAUAAUCAGCUUGGCUAAAAAGCCCUCUGUUAGUCCUGUUAGAUUUAAAUGCUGCAUUUGACACUGUCGACCAAACCAUUCUCCUUGACAGACUAGAGAAAUGGGUUGGCCUUUCUGGUUGUGUUUUAAACUGGUUCAUCCAGUUGAGAAUAUUUGUCUCUUGGCACCACUUCUCAGCCAAACAUGAAAUUACUUGUGGGAUUCCACAAGGGUCAAUUUUAGGUCCCUUACUAUUUGGCCUGUAUGUGCUGCCAUUAGGUAAUAUUAUCAGAGAACAUAGCCUUGACUUUCAUUGUUAUGCUGACGAUGCACAACUCUAUCUCUGUCUCUAUCUCUGUCUCACCAGAUGAUGCUUGGCUGUCUGACUCACUGAAUGUAUUAGAAAUGUAAACCUAUGGAUAUCUCGAAAAUUUGUACAACUCAACAUAAAAAAAGAAGAAGUAAUUGUUCUUGGACCCAAGGCAAAGAAAGAAAAACUACUUCCACAUUUAGGGACCCUGGCACAAAAUUCAAAGCCUAAAGCAAAAAACCUCAAAGUGUUUUUUAGGCCCAGACCUUAAUUUUGACAGCCUUUUAUCAUCUCCGUAACAUCACCAAAGUGCAGCCAUUUUUAAUCCAGGGAGAUACUUUAGAAACGUAUGCAUGCUUUCAUUACAAGCAUACUCAUUUUGACUAUUGCAGUGUUGUCCUGUCUGGUCUACUUGAGUCUGCACUAGACAGGCUACAGCUAGUGCAGAAUGCUGCUGCCCACCUAUUGACUAAGACCAGCAGGAGAGAACACAUUACCCCUGUUUUAAAAUUGCUUCGCUGGCCACCUGUCCAUUCUAUAGUGGAUUUUAAGAUUCUCUUAUUAGUGUUUAAAUCUCUUAAUGGCCUUGGCCCCGAAUACAUAUCCAACAUGCUUUUAAGAUAUGUUCCCAGUAGGUGACUCAGGUCCUCUGCUACUCGUCUUCUUGUUGUUCCAGGGACGGGGACCAAGACCUAUGGGGAGACAGCCUUUAGUAUCCAUAUGGUCCUAGUCUCUAGAAUACCCUGCCAGAGGAUCUGAAAAAUGCACUGUCAGACAACCCUUUUAAAAUAAAUCUUAAAAACUUACCUUUUUAACCUAGCUGUUAUGUACGGAGUGGGUUAUCUGCUUUACUUUGUUUGAAUGAUUUAUUGGUGUUUUAUUAGUUUACUUCAUCUUUUAUUUGAUUCCUUCCUCUCUUAUUCUGUGUUCUAUUCAAUUUUCUGAUUUGUUUUAUGAUGUUGUCUGAAGUGUUCCCUGUGGAACAAGAGGUUUGCUGUGGGGGCAAUGUGAACCAAGGGGGGGUACCUGUGGAAUGAGCCCCCUCACACACACACACACACAGCAAACCUCUUGGUAACAUGCUGUAAUAGACCUUUUUAAGGACAUCUAGCAUGCCAAUUUAGAACAAUGUAUAUUUCCAUCUCUUUAAUUAAAUAAAUUCAACAAUAUAAUUCUGCUAUUUUCAAAACUGUUGUUGUGGAUUACUUAUCUAAAGUGUUAUUGUCCUAUUUCAGUCACUGCAGCUGUUCAUGUGUUAAUUUUCCCAGACAAAUUGUAUAUUACAGUAAUGUACAAGUGCCAUAAGAUGACAUUGAUAUAUUAUAUAGCUACAUUUGAAGUGAACCGUGUACUCAAUGAAUUUUAUACGAUGCAUUCUUGCAAAUAUUUCACAAUAAAAGCCU